AUGGGUAAGAUUCAGGAAAUCAUCAAAGAAGUUUUACCUGGAAUUUACACAUAUUCAAUAAUGGUCGGCGAAGAUGAAAGCGAGGAUAAAAAAUCUAGCUUUUUUGGAAAUAUAAAUGAAGAGGUUAACAGCGUUUGUGAGAAAUUGAAGGCUGAUAUAAAUCUUAAAUAUGGCAUAUCUGAUAUUCCGGGUUGUGAAGGAAAUGAUGGGUGGUGUAAAUUAAUGCGAUCAAUAGCUAGUCAAGGUGCUUAUUCAGGAUAUGUACGGAAUCAUAUAAUCCAAGCACAAUACUUUAAAGAUCCGAAAAGGCUUGAUAUUUAUCUCAAGAAAAAUAUCUUUUUGCCGGAUAUCAAUAAUGAACUUGAAGUUAAGAAUGAAACUUAUAAAAAGAAUCUAGUGACACUUAAUAAACUUGUGCUUAUUAGAUUCACAGAGGAUACAACCCUCAAACCAGGAGAUACUGCUGUAAGAAAUGUUGUACCUGUUCGUGAACAAAAGUUGUACAAAGAAGAUUGGAUCGGGUUAAAAACAUUGGACGAGGCUGGAAGAUUAGUCUUUAAGGACUGUGAAG